AAGAGAACAGCAAGACAAAGUUAUACAAUAAUUAUGCUCGAGUUCAUCAAAGUAUGGAGUUCCCUGAGCUAGCAAUAGAAAAUAAAUGUGUGUGUCCUGUGGAUACAUGCUGCCAGGAGUUUCGGGGCUCCUCUCAGCUCACAAUGCACAUACUCAGACGUCAUGACGGUUGUAAACUGCCAGUCAAAGUGGGACAGUCAAGUGAGCACUACUGUCCAGUGGAGGGUUGUCACAGAGCACAGGGGAACAGUCAGCCAUUCCCAAGACUUAGUCAGCUAAAGCAACAUUACCACUCAGUGCACGGGACGAAAGAGUACAGUUGUGAGCGGUGUGGACGGAGCUUUGGCUUAAAGGACGUGUGCAAUCGUCAUCAGGCGGAGUGUGGGACUCGGAUGCAGUGUGUCACAUGUAAGGAGACGUUUCGUAGCAAGAAUGCUCUCUACCAGCAUGCCAAGAGGAAGAGCCACCAACUGCCACUAGGGUCCAAACCAAGGGCUGGUAGUAACAGGGGCAGCAAAAAGAGCUCCAAUGCUAACAGCCACAUGAAUGGAAUUAUCCUCUACCCGAUUAUUGUGAACCAAGUGCCUGAAAUGUCCAAUCAGAGUACAUCCACUCAGACCGACCCCGAGCCCACCCCCAUUGCCACAGCCUCACAGACUACAGACUUCACAAAACAAAUCGAUGCAAGUACACAACUCAUUGGGCCUAUUUCUCCAAACCUAACCCUAACCUCCGAAGAUGCUAGUACAUGUACCAGCACAAGUUCAUUCGUUGACCCAAGUACACAGCCAUUUGGUUUAGAUUCACUAAGUCCCAUGUAUCAAGCCCUGGACGCAAGCACAAACACAGCAAUGCUCGAGUACCCCAUCACCUACUCUUCGUUUGAGCAACUUAUUGAUGCAAGCACUAACACACUACCUCAAAGCUGGGCUGACCCUAUGUCCAGAGUGGACACUGGCACUAGUACUAUAUCAUCUAGUGUGUGUACUGGAGACACUGUAGAGUUGGCUACACAGACAAACCUUGAGGAAUUUGCCACACUCGUCGAUCUGGCUACACAAACUGAACUACCUCAAAUUGAUCUUGAAUCGCACGACUUUAAUGUUGCAUGUGAAUAUACAUCUGGUGACUUCUCAGCUCAAUCACAUGACUACACAAGCUGCUUCGUAACUCAUGAUUUUGCUGGUGGACCAGAUUUCGGCAGUUUUGAUUUUUCUGAGUCACAUUCCCAUACCAGAGACAUCUCCACUUCAACAAAUGUUUCAACUUCAGAAUAUGGAGUACAAACCAGUGCAGAAUUGGACGAAAUAUCACAAUUGCUGUCUGGAUAUGGACAAGACUUUGGCACACAAACUAUCGACCAAUCAAGUCUAGUUGAUCUCGCCAACAUUCCUGAGUUGUCGGAUUUCAGUACACAGACAGGUGCUGGGACGGAUUCUUUCACACAGACCUCCAUCCUGAGUGAGUCUGCAACACAAACGCUGCUGGGCUACCAGUUCAUGACUAACUUUGGCACUCAGACUUAAUUCAUUAUCAAAUUAUUUAUCAUCGGAAUUUAUAUAUCUCCAAUCUUUAAAUAAAAUUUGCUUUAUUAUUA